AUGAUAAUAAGCGGAUCGCCCAUCGCUUCAGAUUUUGUUUUCAAGGACAAGGAACUGGAAGGUAAACUUAACGUUUUUCUGGACAAUCAAACCAAAUUCAUUACAAUCGAGUCACUAUUGGAGACCAAUCGUGAGGAGUUGGCUCAAAAGAAUCAGAAAAUCGAAAAUCUAGAAGCUCAGUUAACGGAAUUGAAGAAAGUGUCAGUCCCACCCGGACCCAAUGGAGAUGCCUCAACAAUGGAUGGAACUGGCAGACAAGAUCAAGUGAAUCGUGAUAACCAGAAAAAUAGUGAGGAAUUGGGGAAGGAAGUGUCCGUUUUCAGGGGUCAGUUGCAACUAGCACAUGACGAGAUCGCUAAUCUACAAGCCCAAUUGGAAACGUUGAAAGUGGAAAAUCUCGCUGUAGCCGCGUCAAAAAUCUCUUCACUUGAGACUGAACUGUCCUCCGCGCGUCAAGAACUAGAUGCAACUCGUGCUGCCUUGGAAACAUCCAAAAUUUCUUGCACCGAACUGACAAAACAGUUAAAUUUUGUUCAUUCAAAUGUUUUACCCUGUGUCUCCACGGGAUGCCAAACGGAUGAAUAUGUGUCAAAUGAGCAACAGGUUGACAAUCAAACAGAAUCCCUGGAAUUGAUCAGCGCUCGGAACCGAAUCAUCCAGCUUACCGCGGGAUUGGAUCGGGUUUCGAGUGAACUGAAGGACUCUCAGGACCAGGUCACGAAAUGUCACGCAGAUCGACUUUCAGCAGAUAAAGAAACACAGGAACAGAUUGCAAAACUCAACGAUGCAUUAAGCACGACACGGACUGAGCUUGAUCAAGUCCGUGCGAUUGGUGAGGCUCGAGUGACUGAGCUGGAGAUCGAAUCCAAGCGGUUACAGGCUGUAUGUGAUCAUCAUGUUAAUGUUCUCGGUCAGAUACAAUCCGAGCGAGAGACACUGUGUGAACAGUUGGAACAACUGAAGGGACGAUAUGAAGCUGUCCGUAAGAACUAUGAUGAUUCGGAACUCCAACGGACUCGUCAACAGAAUGAUUGGGCCGCUGAACGCUCGACCCUCACCGCACAAUUGGUGAGUUACCUAUCACGUUUCUAG